GUAAGAGAGGGAGAGAGAGAGAGAGAGAGAGAGAGGGGGGCAAAAAACGGCUCCGUGUCUACUACAAACGCGGCGGUGCAGGUGUUCUGUCUCUUCGGCGGAGGAUGCGGACGGAAGGACGGGGGAGGGAAGAAGGGAUGAAGGCAAAGCAGCAGCGCCGCGGGGAGAGAGAAUAAGACGUGCGAUGAAAAGGGGGCUUGCGCCGAGAGUCCGAGAGGUGCAAGGUCGAAUAUGAGCGAUUGGUCGAACGGGGCACUUUUGCGUGGUAAUAGCUGGUCGGCAAUAGUACUAUGAUUUGGUAUGUGGCCACUCUGAUAGCAAGUGUAUUCAGCACCAGAGGAACGGCCGCUCAAGGUGCCCACGGCGUGAGAGAGGAGCCCCGGUUUGUGACGGCGCGCGCUGGAGAGAGCGUGAUCCUGGGGUGUGACGUGUCCCCUCCCCUGGAUGGCCAGCAGCCCCCCUAUGUGGUGGAGUGGUUUAAGUUUGGAGUGCCUAUCCCCUUCUUCAUCAACUUCCGCUUCUACCCUCCUCAUGUGGAUCCAGAGUAUACUGGCAGAGCCUCUCUUCAUGGGAAGGCGUCGUUGCAAAUUGACCCAGUGCGCUCUGAGGACCAGGGCUGGUACGAAUGCAGGGUCCUGAUGCUGGAGCAACAGUACGACACCUUCCACAACGGCAGCUGGGUGCACCUCACAGUCAACGCCCCACCUUCAUUCACAGCGACGCCGCCGCAGUAUGUGGAGGCGAAGGAAGGGGGAAGCACUCUGCUCAGCUGCUCUGCCCAGGGAAACCCAAAACCAAUGAUCAGCUGGCUGAGAGAAGGAGAGGAGCUUGCAACCAACUCAAAGUACUCGGUACACGAUGGCAGCCUGACCAUUCUUGGCAUCACCAGAGACGACAGAGGGGCCUACACAUGCAAAGCGUACAGCGACCAGGGAGAGGUGCUUCACGCCACCCGCCUCUUGGUUCAAGGGCCUCCGUACAUCGUCUCGCCACCAGAAAACAUCACCGUAAACAUAUCACAGAAUGCACUCUUCACCUGCCAAGCGGAGGCCUAUCCCGGCAAUCUGACCUACACCUGGUUUUGGGAAGAGGACAACGUCUACUUCAAGAAUGACCUGAAGCUCCGAGUGCGCAUCCUCAUCGACGGCACCCUCAUCAUAUUCCGGGUCAAGCCGGAGGAUGCCGGGAAGUACACCUGCAGUCCGAGCAACAGCCUCGGCAUCUCGCCGUCAGCGUCAGCGUACCUGACUGUUCAGUACCCUGCCCGAGUGAUCAACAUGCCCCCAGUCAUCUACGUACCACGGAAACUGCCAGGUAUCAUCCGCUGCCCUGUGGACGCCAACCCACCUGUGACAUCAGUGAAGUGGGAGAAAGAUGGCUACCCACUCAGAGUAGAAAAGUACCCCGGUUGGAGCCUGACGCCAGAUGGAAGCAUCCGGGUGGCGGAGGCCACAGAAGACUCCCUGGGCACCUACACCUGUGUGCCUUACAACGCCCUGGGUACCAUGGGCAUGUCCCCCCCUGCUACUUUGGUGCUAAAGGAUCCCCCUUACUUUAAUGUGAGGCCUGGGGGGGAGUACCGCCAGGAGGCUGGGAGAGAACUAGUAAUCCCUUGUGCUGCUUCUGGAGACCCCGAUAUACCAACCAUCACCUGGAGAAAGGUGGGGAAGCCAAGCAGAAGUAAGCACAACAUCCUACCCAGUGGCAGCUUACAGUUUCUGUCCCUCAGCAAGGAGGACCAUGGAGAGUGGGAGUGUGUAGCCACCAAUGUGGUCACAAGCAUCACUGCCAGCACACGUAUUCUAGUCAUCGGCACCAGCCCACACGCUCCUGGCAAUAUCCACGUAUUGCCCUCAACGACCUCUGCUAAUGUGUCCUGGGAACCAGGCUAUGACGGCGGCUUCGAGCAGACAUUCUCUGUGUGGUACGGUCCAGUGUCUAAGAGAACAGACUUUGGUCCUCAUGACUGGCAUUCAAUGCCUGUUUCUGGUGCUCAGACCUGGUUGAUGGUGCCAGGGCUGGAGCCUGGAACUGAGUACCAGUUCAGUGUGUUGGCUCAAAACAAACUGGGCACGGGCCCAUUCAGCGAAGUUGUGACGGUCACCACCGCAGGCUCUCCUCUCGGUACCGCUGAACCCCUGGUGCUUCUUACUCCACCACGGUGCCUCACAGCCAAUCGCACGCAGCACGGUGUCCUCCUUACCUGGCUCCCCCCAGCCAACCACUCCUCACCCAUUGACCGAUAUAUCAUGGAGUUCCGCCUCGGCGAGAGGUGGGAAGUGCUCGAUGACUUGAUCCCGUCCACUGAGACCGAGCUGGUAGCAAGAGACCUGGUUCAGGAGUCCUGGUAUGAGUUUCGAGUGAUGGCGGUCAUGGAUGACUUGAUCAGCGAGAGCAGCAACGUAGUGGGAGUGUCUAGCACAGCAGACCCCUUCCCUGCUGCAGAGUUACCUGUAGAAGGGCUGGCACGGCCUGUGGUGGCGGGCGUCGUGGCGACCAUCUGUUUUCUGGCGGCGGCGGUACUGUUCAGCACUCUCGCCGCCUGCUUUGUUAAUAAACAACACCGUCGAAAACUCAAGCGCAAACCAGAUCCUCCCUUGUCAGUGACACACUUCAGGAAAAGCAUUGAGUCGCCGCCUCCUCUCACCCCCUUGCCAGGGGUAGAGCCCUGCUGGGACGAGCCUGCCAGGAGCAGUUUCUUGCCCCCACCGGCCAGCCCCCUGUUAUCGUCUGGGAAGAUAAGUCCGGAGAGCUCCCCUCCGUCCCGGCCCCGCUCUCUAUCAUCAGAGGGUUCCCACGGUCCAGGCCUGUAUGUCAGGAAGCUGCCCAGCCCUCAGAGAGAAAAGGACAAAGAGCUCUCCUUCUACAAAAAAACCAAGCGUGCCAUUGCCAGCAAGAAAUACAGUGUGUCCAAACAUGAGGCAGAGGUGACCACGCCUAUAGAGCUGAUAAGCCGAGGCCCUGAUGGCCGCUUUGUCAUGGAGACCAGCCCGCCUCCCCGCCGAAUCCAGGGCUUCCCCUUUGCGGAGGAGUCCGACAUGUAUCCCGAGUUCCGGCAGUCGGAUGAGGAGAAUGAUUUUGACCCCGGGCCUUUGCCACCCAUCAUGCCCACGCUGCGGCCCCAGCUCUCCCCAACGUCCUCCAGCCUGGAGUCAACGCAGCCCCCCACCUACAGCCCUCGCCUGCACAGGCCCAUGGAAGGUAUGAGCUUUGCAGAGGGCAGCGCACCUUAUGCCUCAGGGCAGGCCCCGGCCUCCCGCUACAGGGGCUUUCCCCAGGGCCCAUUCUAUGGGUAUCUAGGCAGCCGUGCUGAAUCAGGGAUUCCACCACCAUUCUACAUGCCUGACAUCAGCCCGCGUAGCUCCGCUUUGUCCUCACCCCCAGGCACAGCUGAGGGGCCCUUUGGUUACCCCUCCAUCCCUGAGGAGAGUGAAGGAUUGGAACACCAUCAGUACACCGCCUCAGGCCAUUCUCUGUCGCACACUCACAGCCCUCCUCUCCGUUCACCUGAAAGCUGGCAGCCUCACGAGUUACCCUUUCUGGGCCUAGAGGGCCCACGGUUCAUAUACCCACCUCACCAUCCCUUACAUCACCCCCAGGACCUCCCCGACCCACCCCCAUACCCUCCUCAUAAUCUUCCCCCGAGUCGACUGCACCUUCCACCCCUGAAGGAUCCCACGGGCCCCGGACUCCUGCAACUGGAGGUCCCUAUGGCUCCACCAGGCAGAGACAGGCCCCCAGGGCCUCCAGUUAGGCGUUUAGCUAUGCAACAGGCCCAGAGUCUCGGCCAGCUCAGACACACGGCCCACGGUGUGGGUGUACCAGUGUUGCCUUAUCCUGACCCGGCAGCCCGUGCAGGGAGCCCAAGCACAGCCCCCAGUAGUAGCCCUCAGUCCUGGCUCAGCCCGAGGGCGGGGCGCCGAGCAGACCCCAGCCUACCCCCGCUAGUACUCCAACCCUCCCGUCUUUCUCCUCUCUCCCAGAGCCCACUUAGCACCCAGCCAGGUUCCCCAGAUAUUCUAGUGAGGCCCCCUCCGCGCCCGAGCAUCCUCCGCACCUCUCGGUCUCUGGAGAUGCCCGAGAUCACCCUGCAGCCCUCAGCCACUGUUAGUUUCUCGAGGAGGUCCUCCCUGACCGCCUCUCCCACUCAGAGCCAGGGUGCCAAGCAGCCCAGCCCCAGUUAUCCCAUGUCCUAUGCCUCCACUGCAGCCAGUUAUCCCUCCCAGUCCCCCUCUCCCCCUCUAGAGGGCAGGGAUGUUUUCGGGCAGAGGCCAUCCCAGAGACGGACAGAGGAGGAGAUGCUACCCUCAGAGCCCUCCCAGCUCCAGAUCUCAGCCUCAGGGGAACCUCUAGGUGCGUCGAGUGAUACUGCCGGGUCUGAGAGCUUAACAGCACUGCUACACCACUGUAUAACUAAAGCCAAGGGCGUGGCUGCCAACAACAAUAACAACUCAACAUCUGUGAGGAGAACAGGUACAUCUCCCUCUCAGACCCAGCAGCAAUCUCAGACACUCCAAGAGGGAGAAGAUCUCAACCUCCGCAAAAAGAGUAAAAAGCAAAACAGGAACCCUUACCGCUACUUGACCUCCUUCUUGCAUCACAGGCCAUCUGAGGAGGACCAAACAGGCAUCCUGGCCAGUGCAGACUCUGAGGGCCCAAAUUAUGGAACUCUACGCUGACCUGUGUGCCCACCAAGCCAUUGGAGCCAACUAAGCCGGCCCCUCACGGAAGGAGAAUACGAAAAAACCUCAGCCCUGUCUGCUCAGUCACAGCAACAAACAAAAAGUUUAAUAUAAUCUGUACAAGUUGAUCUGUGUUUGAGGAACAGCAAACUGAAUUCUCCAGGGGCUGGAAGUCUCAUCUGAAGACAAGAACAAUGGCUUUUUUUUUUCUGAGGAAUUUCACUUGAAAAUGCUCUGAAAAUAUAUAAUGUAUAUAAAUAGUAAAACAAGGGAAUUAAGCUUCCUCUUACAGUAAUAAAAUGUGUUGGUUGAGUAUGUCACAACACGUUAAAAAGAUUUUUCACUCACUUAUCAUUGAGGGGUUCAUAUCUUAAGGUUUUUCAGUGAAACAGUGUACUGUUAAAGCCUGGUGCGUCCUUGUAUAGGGACACGAGUCUACCUUUCCUACAAUACAAAUAGUGUCAGUCUUUAAACACAGGGUUCUUACCACAAAAUAUACCUCAGAGUAAACGCAGAGUUGCUGUAUUUCUUGUGGUAUAUAGUACGUACUUGACCUUUUUACACUCUAAAGGUACGGAUAAAAAGGUUUAUAACACUCACCACUCAUUCAAAUGGAUAAUAUGGCCUAGCUUAAUCUUAUUUGGACGCUUUUCAGUAUUACAGCAGGUGCAUUGCGUUUACUUUGAUUUUCGAGUGGAGAAGGGUGUUAGCACCAUGACGUUACGCCCAUUGUAGGGGCACGGUAUUAUGAGUAAAGAUCAUAGCCUUCAUGAGAUCUCUUGAAAAAUUUUGGGGACUUUCACGCUCAGCAGAGGUUGGUCUAAAAGAUCAACUAAACAGGGCGUGAACUAUCUGUAUGUAUCUCAUUAUUAAGUAAUCAUUUGUGAAAUUGGGCACAUCUUGAGGUGCCUUUUCUUUGCCUUUUGUUGUUUUCUUUUCUCUGACAUAAACUGCCUUUUUUUCUGUCGCCUUCUCAUAUUUGUCACUCUAAGGGAGUGAGAACUCCAAUAAUAUGUUGUUUUUUUUUUACUUUUUUCUGCCAAGGAUACAUGAAAGAGAGCGUGCGAAAGUCUGAUUUAGUUUAUUUAAACUACAGUACUAGAAUACUUGUUAAAAUGUGGGGGCAAGAAAUCCCAAGAAAACUGCACAGUGAAGAUGUAAAAGUUUGACAGCAGCUGUUUAGAGCGGAAUGUGAUUGCUUCAUAAUGCUGUAAAACAAGCAAUGGGGAAUAUCCAAACAAAUGGCCACCCUGACUGUUUAUCUCUUACAACUGUAUAUUAAUUGCUAGCUACUUCUCUAUAUGUUUGCUAAUUUUUUUGACACUAACCGAUAAUGAAUGUAUGUUUUGCUGUACAGGAAAUGAAUGUCCCUACGUCACAGUGCAUUGAAUGACCUGUCAUAAUGCUUACGUAGUGCAGCUGUGAUUUGCUGAGAAGACCAGAUGGCAAAAUAGGUCCAAACUCCUGUAUUCAAUGCCCACUCCCGUUCUGCUGUUGACCACUUUCGCUGAUGAUAAUUCUAGUAUCUUCUUUUCUCUUAUCUAUCUUUUUGAUUGUGUUGCUAAGGCUAGUUCAGUCACUCAAAGACACAUCAAGCAGAUUUUUUUAUUUUUUAUUUCAGCAAUUUGGAACGUUUUUUUGCGCUAAAUCCGAGGUUAUCCACGUGAAUGAUUCUCGAAACAUCUCUGGACAAGUGAGAAAGUGGUGAUUGCUUGAAAGCGAGCGACAAACAAUAAUUGUUUUCGUGUAAGAUACAAGGAAAUAAUCUAUAUUUGUUAUGUACUGUACAUGGUGUGUAAUGUAUUUGUAAAGAAAAAUCAAACCAUGUUUUACAGGAAGACUUUCUUGUAUGGGGAUGUAUGAAUAGAAAAGAAAAUGGGACUGAUAUCCCAAGUUAAAAGAAAUUAGAUUAUAUAUCAAAGUAUUUGCUUACAAUACGGCUUUAAGUGGAUGUUUUUAAAACAUUUUAAGGUGCCUAAUUUGUCAUACUUUAGCAGACAUUAUUUUAACUCAGAAGAAAAGUACACUUAAUGUUAGUACCGUACAGUGUAUUAUUGCCAUAGCCCGCUGGCUGCACAAGUUGAGUAGUACUCUGAUGUAUUAGUAUGUGGAUGCCCAUUGGGGGAACGCUUUAGAAGCAGAAAUGUGUUGCCCUCUAUUAUAUUUCUGAAACAAAGUAAUAAUGUAUUUUGCCCGUUCAUGAGCACACAUGUAGAUUCACGCCAGUUUUCUUCACCUUCACGUGUCCAAAGCAAAUAAACCGGAAGGAAACAUUUAGGUUUUUUUUUUUUUUUUUCUUUGUUUGGUUUCCUAAAAGCAACGGACAUGCUGUAGACAUGUACAAAAUGUGCUGUGGAGGAAAUUGUGUUUACAUUAGUUUGAUAAAAUAAAGUGUGUUAGGGCAUAGUUGCUUUGAACAUUA